AUGGAACGCAACUGGAUUCACAUUUUCAACAACACGCAAUCACCAAUAGAGCGCUGGCAGAGCCAAAGCAAUGCGCCGCAGCAAAGAAUUCAGCAACAACAACAACAAACAAUACCGCAAACGCCCUAUACACCACAGCAACUGCAGCAAAUAUGGCGACAACAACAAAUCUUGGCCAACGACUUGCGGAAGCCAAUCCCCAAUAACAACAACAAAAAUAACUACAACAACAUGCCACCAUUGCAACCACAAAAACCAGAACUCUACUACAACAAUUACAAUAAGAAUAGAGAGAGACAGAUGCAGGCUCAACCAUCGUCAAUGUCAGCACCCAACUUAGCAUAUCCCUAUAACAGUGGCGGUGAUGGUGGUGGUGGAAAUACGUUCACCUAUGUGCCACUGCCAUCGUUGUCCACCCUAAUAAACAACUCGAACGUCGAGCAGUUCGAGAUGAUCAAUCCAUCGCAACGUAACGCCCGCACCUUUGGUUUCCUUAGCGAUUUGUUUUCGAGCUUUGCGCCGUCAUGCGUCAAUCCGUGCACCAUGGAAGCCUACAAUCAGAAUCGUUGUUGUAUUGUUGUAAUUAACCCUCCGUCACCCGCUUGCUGCCAAUACCCGGCACCAUUUCCACCGGUCAGACCACCGCUGCCGCCGCCACCACCGCAGUUACCGCCGCCUCCCAUGCUACCACCACCUAGACCGCCAAUCAGCUGUUGCAACACCUGUAGCUAUGGUUUUUAUGGUCCACCGCCUUGUCGUUACUACUGGGGUGGAAAUGGAGGAGGAAGAAAUUUUUAUGGUGGUAGUCCAGGCGGUUUGAUUAUCGGUGGUGGGUUGAAUAAUUUAGGCUAUGGAGUUUUAAGCACCGGACAGCUGUUGAACUACUUUCGCCGGCAAUCGUUCUUCGGUUAG